UUAGUUAUGUGCUUUAACAACCAUAACUAACUUAACCUAUAUAUCAUUGUGUAAGAAAGAGCCCAUACUUCCCCUCCUCCUAACUCUCAUAUAUACAUAUAUGUCUUUUUAACAAACCUAUGCUUCAAAACAAAAGCUGAUCAAAGCAAAACAAGAAAGGCAUAUCUAAAAAGUUCUUUAUGCCAUGGAUGUUAAAGUGCCACACCUUAAAGAUGAACAAAACCUACCACUUCUCCACAACAUGGAUGUUAUAGAACCACAAAAGACCCUUAUUCAUAGAGCCAUAAACCAAACAUGUAAAAGCACAGCUCAUUUAUCCAAUCUUCUACCAACAGGCACUGUCCUUUCAUUCCAAAUCCUAUCACCAAUAUUCACAAAUCAAGGUAAAUGUGAAGAUGAACCAGUUACUAAGUUAAUCACUUUAUCCCUUUUAUCCCUUUGUGCUGCAUCAUGUUUUCUACUAUGCUUCACUGAUAGUUUCAGAGACAACAAAGGAAACAUAUGUUACGGAUUUGCCACAUGUAAAGGCUUGUGGAUCAUUGAUGGUUCAGCAACACUUCCGCAUGAACUCGAUGCACAAUAUCAACUAAGGUUCAUUGAUUUCAUGCAUGCAGUUAUGUCAGUCUUGGUUUUUGCAGCUAUUGCAUUGUUUGAUCAGAAUGUGGUUAAGUGUUUCUUUCCAUCACCUUCACAUGAGAUGCGUCGAAUCCUUACAGCAUUGCCGGUCGGAAUCGGUGUUUUCUGUAGCAUGAUGUUUGUUGCAUUUCCUACACAGAGACAUGGAAUUGGUUUCCCAGUUUCAACAAAUUAACGGUUAAAGGUUCUUUUAGUGUCGAAGAAAAACGGUUUUAGGUCCUUUUUUUAUAUUUAUAUAUGUGCUUAUUAUGGAAUGGUUUGAAGAACUUGAAUGGGAAAUUAUAUAUAUAAUUGAAUUAAACUAUAUUUGGAUAUCA